AUGACAGCCCCAACCACUCCCCAACCACAGAACAAACACAAACAGAACACCAACUCCAACCACAGCCCCAACUCCAACCACAGCACCAUCUCCAACCACUGCCCCAACCCAAACCUCAACCACAGCCCCAAUCUCAACCCCAAUCACAGUCCCAACUCGAACGACAGCCCCAACCCCAGCCACAAUCCCGAAAUCCAAACACAGCCCCAACUCCAACCACACCACCACAGCACCAACUCCAAGCACAGAUCAAACUCCAACCAUAGCCCUAUCCCCAACAACAGCUCCAACAACAACCCCAACCACAGCCCCAACCCCAAACACAGCCCCAAUCAUAGCCUUAAGUACAACAGAGCCAAACACAGCCUCAACCCUUAUCCCAACCACAGACCCAGCUCCCAACCAUAGCCCCAACUCCAAUCAC